UAAAAGCUAAAGCUUAAGGCAUCAAUCUCAUUUUUCCCCCUGAUGGCCGUGGAUGCUCAGGGGGAUUCUCUGGGAGCCAGGACCUGGCUGUGCUCAGGGAAUCCAUGGAUCAGGCUGCAGGUGCUGGGAACGUGGCUGUUCAAACAAGCUGGCAGCCCGUAACCUUUGUGCCUGUGCCAGUGGGGCCGUGGUUACUCAUCCCAGUCCCACCCACAGGCUUGGCACGGAGCUCCGUGCCUCCCGAAGCCUCGUGGCUCCUUAUCACCUCGAUAAAAGCAGCGUGUGUUUGUGCACAGCUCCGGCUGCUCCCAGCUCACAGCUGCCUCUUCUCCCUCUCUGCUUGUGCCUCACCUCAGGAGAGGGACAGGCAGCCACCCAAAGUGGCCCCAGGGAAGAGGGGGAAUAUCCCUGGAACUGAGAACUCCCUGGGAUAAAUGGGCCUGCAGAACGCCAAGCCCUCGAGGAAGGGGGCCAACAUCCUGAUGCUGGGGCUGGACUCGGCGGGGAAAUCCACGCUGCUCUACAAGCUCAGGUAUAAAGAUGCUUUUAUAACAAUGCCAACGAUUGGCUUCAACGUGGAUAUGAUGGAAGCAAGGAAGGAUUUCACGCUGACGUUUUGGGAUGUUGGAGGACAGAAGAAGAUGAGAGAGCUCUGGAGCAAUUUCCUGGAAGACGCCGGCGGGCUGCUGUACGUGGUGGACAGCUCUGACAAGCGGCGCCUGGAGGAGUCCAGGAGGGAAUUUGAGCUCCUUUUAAAGAAUGAAUCCAUAAAAAACGUCCCGGUGGUCGUGCUGGCCAACAAGCAGGAUUUGCCUGGAGCCCUGAACGCCGAGGAGAUCACCAGGAAGCUGAAGAUGAAGAAGUACUGCAGUGACAGGAACUGGUACGUGCAGCCCUGCUGUGCCAUCACGGGAGAGGGGCUGGCAGAAGCUCUCCAGACGGUGACCACGUUUGCCAGGCAGUACAAGAAGUCAAAGGAGACUUUCAUCACCCUGAAGGAGCUCAACUCCUUUUAAGGAUUUCUACCAUCCACUCCUGGUGACUCUUAACAUACUGCAUUGGACAGAUUAAAUCUGGAAAUACUGGAUUCUGAGGAACUUUUAUACAUAAAUAUUUAUAAAGGACUUUGACAAUAUGAAAUUCUACUGUUGUACCUGCAGAUACUUGAUAUACCUGAUGGGAUAUCUCAUACCUGAGAUAGGACUCUGUAGCAUUUUAUUAUUAUUUUUUUUUUUACUUGGGGUUAUUCAAGUUGAAUGAUGAGAAAGGGGCAGUCGAGCCCAUGGAAAUAAAAUAGGUGAGCAGUGUUUAAUUGGCUUAAGUCAAAUGAAGAUUCAGUUUUUUUCAAGAUGUAAACCAGCCAAGUCAUUUGGUCAGCAGUGAUCAAAUGCUGUUUUGUAAUAAAUGGAAUGGAUGUGUUUCUUACUUGCAAAUA